AAUUCCGAAGGCAUAAGAGUCGGGAGUUUGCAAUUGGUAACGACAGAAUAAGGCCGGUGACAGUUGGGAUUUUUUCAUCUCUCCAGUGUUGGCUUUAUCUCUCAGUUAAACAGAUUUAUUGUAGGAAAGAUGACGCUUUUACCACCGACUGUGAAGCAACAGAAGGUGAUUGAUGAUGAAAUACCUCCAAAUCCAGAGAUGAGGAAGAGGGACAUCCAGGCCAUUCGGGAAUGGCUAUCCAAACAGCCGCAUUUGCCGAAUCACAUGGAUGAUGCGAGACUGGAGAAAUUCCUUUUCGGGUGUAAAAAUAGUAUCGAACGUUGCAAGAUGAUCUUAGAGCGUUAUUUCAGCGCUAGAUCAGCCCUGCCUGAAUUUUUUGCCAAUCGUGAUCCUCUGAGUCGUAACGUUCAAGAAUGCUGCGAUGCUGUGCAAUACUUUGUUCUGCCAUCGUUAACUGACGAAGGCCAUCGUGUCACUGUUUUACGAUUGAAAGACAGAUCAAUCGAUAGGUUCUCUAUCCAAGCGAUCACGCGUCGUAUUCUAAUGGUAAUGGAUGCACGUUUAAUCGAUGAGUCAUGUCUCUCCAACGUCAUGAUCUUGGAUCUUGAGGGCUGGACUGCUGCUCAUUUUGCUAAAUGCAGUCCGACGCAACCGAUUGUGAGGAAGGCGAUGCUUGCAGCUCAGGAUAGCAUGCCAUUGAGAUUGCACAGGGUUUAUUACCUCCAUGCCCCGGGGUUCAUUGGCAAAGUACUCAAUAUUUUUUAUCCACUGCUCAAGGAGAAGCUCAUACAAAAGUUCCGGAUACACACCGGGGGUGGUGAAGAACUCGCCGCAUACAUGAAUAAAGACAUUUUACCGAAUGAAUGGGGUGGCAAAGCCGGCACCAUGGACGAGCUCAAUGACGCCUGGAGGAUGAAAAUUGAGAAAAACAGGGACUGGCUCUUGAGGGAGGAAAAAGUAAGCAGGACAAAUGAGAAAGUCAGAUUGCCAACAUCAUCAUCAUCGCUCGCUGCUGACUUGGGGGGUAUUCAGGGAUCAUUUAGACAGUUGAAUAUUGAUUGAGGACAUGAUAAAAAUGCUAUCAAUCUCC